AUGGCGUCGUCGUCGAUGGCCGGCGAGGACGGGUCACCGUCAUCGUCGUCUACGAUGACGUCCGAGCCGCCGCCCCCGGACAGGGGCACGCUCAGGGAGGCUGUCGCGGCGCUGUACACCUCGCCCGACCAAAAUCAGCGCGCCGCCGCCGACCAAUGGCUCCAGUGGUUCCUUCGAAGCGACCACGCGUGGCCGUUGUCCAUCGGCAUGUUACGCGACGCCACCGACCUGACCUCGCUGGAGGCGCUCUUCUGCGCCAGGGCGCUGCACGUGCUGCUUCGCAGGUGCGUGAGCAAGGCGGAGAAGACGCAAAAGAGCCACGCGGUGCUGGGCGAGGGCGAUUGGAUCGGGAUGCGCGAUUGCCUGCUCCCGAUGGCGUGGAACUUCGCCGUCAAGACGGUGCUGCACGACGUUCGCGGCGCGGGUUCGAUACCCGGCGAGGCCCCGCCGCGGACGGUGCUGACCCAGGUCUCGUUGGCCAUCGCGGCGUUGGCGUGCAAGAUGCCCAACUGGGACGAGCGCGCCGUCGUCCGCGACCUGGCGGGGUACUUUGGAGUCGACGCGGAAGCCGCGCCGGACGCGGUGGUAAACACCGUCGUCGCGCUGGGAGGAGGCGCGGGUUCGAACCCGGGAAACGCCGCCAACAACGCGGAGGGACACAACAAACUCUCCCCGGAGGGCGCCGCGGCGGUCACUCGCGCGGGCGCCGGCUGUUUGCUGCAGAUCCUCGCGGUGCUUCCCGACGAGGUCACCGCGAGGGAGAUCUCCAUCCACCCGGGCCGCCGCGCCGCCGUCGCCGACGGGUUACGCGCGGCCGCGGCGGAGGUGGUGCACCCCGCGCUCGAUGCGCUCGCGCGCAGGCUCUGGGCCAGCGGGGACGACGUUCCCGGGGGCGACGACGUCAACGGGAGGAUACUGCUCCAGGAGGCUGCGGCGGCGUGGUGCGGUUUUCACCCGGAGGCGCACGGUUCGUGUCCGGGCUCGUGUCUGGAAGCGGCGGUGCGAUGCCUCUGCGCCCCGCACGGCUCGCACCACCCGAAACUCGUGGACGCCUCGGUGACGGGCGCCACCGCGGUGCUCGUCGCGGCGGUGCACAGACCGGAGCGAAGGGAAGCGCUUGGCGCGUGCCUCGGCGCGUUGAGAGCGGCGGCGCGAGCGAACGGACCAAUCAGGGACGAGUACGAAACCGCCGCGGGCCAAUCGCGGGCGAGGAUCGCGGAGGUGCUCGCCAGCGUGGCGACGCGCGCCUCCGAGCCGCCCCCGGACGACGGACCGCGAGCGCCGGACCCGCUGGGCACCGGCGCGGACGCCGCCGCCGAUCGAAAGUACAUACCGUACCGGGAUUUUCGCAAGGCGAGAAAGGAACGCAAGCGAGCCGACGCGAGAGGCAUCGACGAACACGGGAAUUUGCGCGAGGUGGAGGUUCCGCUGACGCGCGCGGACGUCGAGGUGCUGUGUUUCUGCCUCGACGCGCUGUUGGAGGCGAUGGAGGCUGGCGGGGUAUCGCCCGCGGCGGCGCUCGAGCCGUGGAGCGCGAUGGCCGACGCGUGGGAGACUUGGAAAAACGCGUCGGCUAAAAACGUUUUAUCCAAUGCGAAUGCGGGUGCCUCGGCGCUCCUUCGCCGCCCCGCCGCGGACCCGGCGAUCGUUCGAUGCGCCGCCGCCGCCGCCGCCGCGGGGGCGCGAUGCGUGCGCAUGCCCGCGAGCGCCGGCGCCACCGCGACUGACGACCGCAGGGACGAUUACGAGUACCCGAAUUCCGACGACGACGAGGAAGGGGACGAGUAUCGGGAGGAACGCGACGAACUGGGCGAGGGUCUCAGGGACGCCGCGUGCGCCGUCGAUCCGAACGCCUUUCUUCCCGUCGCGGUCGCGGGUCUGACGGCGUCGAUCGACGCGCACGCCGGAGCCGUUACAGCCGUUACAGCCGCGGACGGGGGCGGACGCUCGGCGGUUGACGCGUCGGUGAAGUCGGUGGAGGGUUGGACGUUCGUGCUGUUCGCCACCGCGCGGCUCGUCGGUAAGGAUGGGCCACGCGCGGCGGUGGGAGACGCGAUAUUCACGGUGGAGCGACUGGUCACGAGAGUUCCCGUGUCGAACCGAACCACCGAGCUCGCCGUGUGGACCAUCGGCGGGCUGUGCAAGGCGCUGUCCGCGGUGACGGAGGCGGAGGUGCUGAGAGCCGCGUUGGGGGCGGUGGUGACGGGUCUUAACAGCGACGACCCGUCGGUGAGCCGCGGCGCGUGCGUCGCGGCGAUGCGAACGUGCGAGUCGUGCGCGCGAAUCCUCGCACUUCCCGCGGAUCAAUCCACGCACUCCCAAAACGCGAACGACGCGGUGGGGGCCAUCGCGCGGUGCUACGCGAACGGCGGGCCGUGGGCGCCGCCCUUGGCCACGCUGCGCCGGGGUCAGGAGCCCAUGACCACGAUACUGUGCCGCGGUCUCGCUCGCGUCGCCGUCGCGAAGAGCCCGGGUUCGGCAUCGGAAGCCGCGUGCGUCGAGCUCGCGGGUCCCGCGAUUAACGCGUUACGUAACGCGGCCGCGACCCUCGCCGCCGCUUCGGGCGAGUGCGCGGCGCACCCUUCCCACGACGCGCUCGUGCGGGCGCUCCAGGCGGCGAACGCGCUGUCUCGGAUGGCCGCCGAGUGUCGCGUGGUCGCGGGGGCUCUGGCGGAGGCGUCGGCAAAAUCCGCCGCAGAAAAAAAGUCUGCCAUUCCGGAUCCACAUCCGGAUCAACAUCCUGGGUCGUUUCCCUCCGUCGCCGCCGCCGCGAUCGCCGACGCGUUGCUCCCCGCGGCGGACGAGGCGCUGGCGGCUCUCGCCGCGGCCGCGCCCGUCUUUUCCGCGGCGGGCGUCGGCGUCGUGGCGAACCAUCCCGCGGUGGACCGACGGAUCCACGACGCGUCUGAGGCGUUGGAGGCGGUGGGGGGCCUCCUCGCCGACGUCGUCGCCGCGGGUCGCGUCGCCCCGGAUCGUUUGGCGACGUCUCAGUGCACGGGCAUCGCGCUCCGGCUCGCGUUGAACGCGUACGCGUCGGACCCGGUCCGGUGCCACCCGCUCCUGGACGUCGUCGUCGCUGCGUUGGCAUCCGUCGGACCCGGAGCUCGUUCGAAUCCGAAGCUUUCUUCGGAGCUCGGAGCCGUCGCGCGGGCCGCGCUCGACGCCGCGCUCGACGCCUACGAUCGCGCGGGUUUGCGCCACGACGACGCCGCGAGAGCGUCUAUGUUCAAGCUGACGCAGGCGUCCGUGCGAGCCGGUUGCGCGUCGUUGACGGACCUCGCCGAGCGCGUCGCCUCGCUGGCGCACGAAUCCCUCGUUACCGGAAGCUCCGGCGAGUCGGCGCUGUCUUCGUUGACGUUCGCCGCGGACGUCCUGUCCGCGGCGGCGAUGCUGAACCCGUCGAGGCACGCGCCGGGGGACGCGGGGGUACGCGGCGGGGUCGGGAUGGGCAAGGUGGACCCCGGGAUGGGUCGGUUGGCGAGUAACCUGGCGAGAGCCGCCGGCGGCCGAGGCGAUUUACCCGGGUGGGCGUCCGACGCUCACGAGGACGCGAUUCGAUUGGCUGACGCGUUCCACGUCGUUCUCUGCGAACGCGGCGCGGGCGUCGCGCUGGUUCGCGCCAUGCUGGAGUGCGCCAACGGGUUGAUGCCGCCCGGGCUGGUCACGGACGUCGCCGCGGCUUUGUACGCCGCGUGGAUGGCGGUGGGCGACGGUCGCAUGGCCGAGUGGUUGCACGGCGCCCUGGGGGGCGACCGAGACGGGUUCCCGAGGGACAGCACGACGAAGGAGCAGAAGGAGGAUUUCAUCGGGCUGCUGCUGUUCUUGCACGCGGACGCGAGCGGGCACGGCGACCUGGGUCCGUCGAGGCUGGGGAAGACCGGGGAGAAGCACGAUCUCCGCAGGUUCAAGCGGUGCCUCAAGGCUUUCUGCGGCGGGAAGAAGAGCGGAAGCGGCCAGUAG